AUGGCAGGAGAAAAGACAAUGCAGGUUAAAACUUGUAAUGGUGCACACAGUUGCAAUAGAACUUUCAAAGUAAAGCAUGCCAAUGCCAAGUGGCUUGCAGAUAUGUAUGUUGAAAGAUUGCAUCAUGGUGAUAGAUUGGAACAUUUGGGUGAUAGAGCAUAUAUUGGUGGAAAUGUCAAUCACAUUGAUAUGUGUCAUGUUGAUGAGAUUUCAUUGAUUGAGUUGGAUAAAAAUAAUGUGCAGGUUUUGGACAUUAUCAAUUGGCUUGAUAAGGAUAAAGUAACUGAUAUUUAUGUUGAUCAUAUUAACCAAAGUCAGGUUGAGUCAAAAUGUGGUACCAUACAACAAGAAGUUGGAGUUGAGACUGACUGCGUUCAUGAGCAAUGUUCUAAAUCAAGUGGUGAUGGGGAUAUGAAUAAUAGUGACUCAUACUCAGAAGGGUUGUCAUCAGACUAUGAAUAUUUUUAUGAUAAUGAGUAUGACAUCAUUGAUGAUCAAUUAUAUGAGACAUUUGUUGAUAAGGAUGUUGAAUUUGUUGGUUUUAACAAGGAGAUAAGGAAAGGGGUUGACAAAGGGAAAGGUGUUGAUAGUGAUAGAGGCACCACAAUGGAUGUUAAUAAUGUUAUGGUUUUGGACAUUAUCAAUUGGCUUGAUAAGGAUAAAGUAACUGAUAUUUAUGUUGAUCAUAUUAACCAAAGUCAGGUUGAGUCAAAAUGUGGUACCAUACAACAAGAAGUUGGAGUUGAGACUGACUGCGUUCAUGAGCAAUGUUCUAAAUCAAGUGGUGAUGGGGAUAUGAAUAAUAGUGACUCAUACUCAGAAGGGUUGUCAUCAGACUAUGAAUAUUUUUAUGAUAAUGAGUAUGACAUCAUUGAUGAUCAAUUAUAUGAGACAUUUGUUGAUAAGGAUGUUGAAUUUGUUGGUUUUAACAAGGAGAUAAGGAAAGGGGUUGACAAAGGGAAAGGUGUUGAUAGUGAUAGAGGCACCACAAUGGAUGUUAAUAAUGUUAUGGUUUUGGACAUUAUCAAUUGGCUUGAUAAGGAUAAAGUAACUGAUAUUUAUGUUGAUCAUAUUAACCAAAGUCAGGUUGAGUCAAAAUGUGGUACCAUACAACAAGAAGUUGGAGUUGAGACUGACUGCGUUCAUGAGCAAUGUUCUAAAUCAAGUGGUGAUGGGGAUAUGAAUAAUAGUGACUCAUACUCAGAAGGGUUGUCAUCAGACUAUGAAUAUUUUUAUGAUAAUGAGUAUGACAUCAUUGAUGAUCAAUUAUAUGAGACAUUUGUUGAUAAGGAUGUUGANUGA